AUGAAGUACACUAUCGCUACCAUUGCUGCCUUCGCCUCCGUGGCCCUGGCCAAGCCUGCUUUCCUCAACACCGACUUCUCUCUUACCGAGGGCAAGCCCUACACCAUCCGCUACUCUGGCUGUGACGAUGGCUGCACCAUCAUUCUCCAGAACGGACCUUCUGACGACCUCAGCGAUUACAAGACCCUGACCGCUUCUGCCGAUGGUGACUCUUUCACCUUCACUCCUUCUGAGCUCCCCACCGACACAUACAACUUCAAGAUCACCGACAAGGCCGGUGAGAUCAACUACAGCUCUCAGUUCGAGUACCAGGGUUCUUACGCCGCUCCCUCUGUCACCAAGUCUGCUACCGCCACCAAGUCUGCUGUUGUUACCUCCGCUGUUACCACCGAGGAGGCUACCACUCUUGCCAGCGUCACCAAGCCCGCUACCACCCUCGAGGAGACCACCACCGUUGCUAAGCCCAUCAUCCCCACCCACGCUCCCUCCAAGAACGCUACUGUCACCCCCAUCGCCACUCCUUCCAAGACUGGCGGUGCUGGCGGCGAGACUGGCGUCCCCAGUGUCCCCGAGAGCGGUGCUGCUCGCAUGACCUCUUCUCUGGCCCUGAUUGCCGGUGCCGUCAUGGCCAUGGUUUACCUCAACUAA